GCCCCCCUCCCCCUUCGGCCGAUUAAAGACGCAGCCACCUGAGAGUCUCCCUCACUGCCCCCUUUCCUCCCUUCCUGCCCUGGAGCGAUCCGAGCGGGCUGAACGAAGAGGGAAGGGGGUGUCACGUCCGGUAACGAUGUUGGGGUCGCCGGGGCAACAGCCCGCGGGGGCGGGGUCUGGGGCGACGGCCGGGGCAGCUGCCGGUUCUGCUGCCACUGCCGCCGGCGGGGCCGGGGGCAUCGCGAGCUUCCCGUGCGGAGGGGCGUCCGAGAGGCUGUUGGCGCGCUACGUGCAAGACUACCUGGAGUGCGUCGAGUCGUUGCCGCUGGACAUGCAGAGGUUGGCCUCGCUUCUGCGCGAGAUGGACACGCGCUGCCGUGAAGCUUUGAAAGAAAUUGAUGAGGUGUAUGAAAAAUACAAAGCUGAAGAUGAUCCUGCACAGAAAAAGCGUUUGCAGCAGUAUCUUCAGCGAGCUUUGAUCAACAGUCAAGAACUUGGAGAUGAAAAAAUCCAAAUAGUUACUCAGAUGCUUGAAUUAGUAGAGAACAGAGCCCGGCAGAUAGAAUCCCACUCUCAGUGCUUUCAAGAUCUGUCAGACACUGAAAAACCUAUUGAAAAGUCAAAACAGGAUCUAUGUCAACCAGAAAGAUCUUCACGAAGACCCCGUCGGCAACGUACUAGUGAAAGCCGUGAUAUAUGCCAUAUAGCAAAUGGAAUUGAUGAGUAUGAUGACCAGCCACCUAAAGAAAAAAGAUCCAAAUCUGCUAAAAAGAAAAAACGGUCUAAAGCUAAACAAGAAAGGGAAGCUUCACCAGUAGAAUUUGCAGUUGACCCUAAUGAGCCAACUUACUGUCUUUGUGACCAAGUAUCUUAUGGAGAAAUGAUAGGCUGUGACAAUGAUCUGUGUCCCAUUGAGUGGUUUCAUUUUUCAUGUGUUGGACUCACUUAUAAACCAAAGGGAAAAUGGUAUUGCCCAAAGUGCAGAGGAGACAAUGAGAAGACUAUGGAUAAAUGUACAGACAAAUCCAAAAAGGAUAGAAGAUCAAGGUAGUAAAUGCUCUAGUGUACAGACAGCUGUGUGGUUUCUAUAAAACUAUUUAAUAAGCAGAUUAGUAUUUUAGAAUAAUGCAUAAAACUAUGCAAUAAUUUUUAAGAUGUACAGUAGUAUUGGACUGUUCACAGAUGUCAAUACUUUUUUCUGCUUUUUAAUAUUCUGCACUAAACCAAAAUUUUCAAACAGGGUCACAUGGGAGUAGCACAGAAGGAAUUUAGGAAUUCCAAAUUCCUCACUCUUUUUAAUUGUGGAAUUAUGGUGAUAUAUGAAGAGGAAAUACUGGAAAGAUAAUCAUGUUAAAACUGAUUUGUUGUGGCUGUAAAUUUAGUUGAAUAUAGCAUAUUUUGCUGAGAACAUGUUAGUUCAAUGAUGCUUUUAGUCUUCAGAAUUCUAAAGAUAAUAUUUGAAUCUAUUGCCAAACUUUAAAUUUUAAACCUUUGAAAUAUAAAGCCAGUUUUUCUUCGUGUCUUCCAUGUGAUCUAGUAUAUGUCAUUAACUUAUUUUAUAUUAAUUUUGUGGUGAGUUUAUAAGUCUGUUUAAAGAAAGUAUAUUAAACAAAUACUGGAAGAGUUGCAAUCAGCAUUAAUUGCAGUCCUAAACUGGAGUAUUCGUUCUCACUAUGCUCUUCAGUUUCUUCAGUCCUUUUGUGCCAUCUUGUUCAUAAUUCCUUAGAUGUUUAAAAAAUGUAAUCAUGUUGCAAAAUUUAGAUAUACAAAGAAUACAUAAAUACUGUAAGAUCAGUUUGUGAAGUAAACUUGACUGAUCUUAAUAUUUUAUCUUAAUUUGAUUUACAGCAUCUAAGGGCUUAGCAAAGAGCAUUCAUAGGAAAAAAAAGUUAUUUUCUAGAAGAGUACUCCUAUAGGCAACUCUUAAUGAAAUAUUUUACAUUGAAACAAAUAACUAAAGAAUCCCCAAACUAAAUAUUUCUUUAAUGGAACAGUUUUGAAAUUGAUGAUAUACAGCUGUAGUCAUCUGACUGCCUAAUUUAAUGCCAUAGAUUUUUCCCAGAUACUAAUUUUAUUUUUUAUAGAAAAUUAGAGUACUUCAUUUUAUUUAUUAGACAUUACAGACUCCGUGUAAGUAAAUCUAUUGUAAAGCAAAAACAUAAGCACACCAGCAAAAAAAUCCAUUAUUGAAUUCUUGUUCCUAUGGUGUGAAAUAACAUUUGGCCAUUUCUUACAUUUUGAGUGAGGUUUGAAAAAAAAAAAGCUUGGAUACUACAAAAAAUUCAAAUUAAUUUAAAUAUUCAGAAAUUAUUUUGAAAGCAUGGCAGUACAGCUGCAUCACAUGGACUAAAGAUAUUCAGCCGUUUAACUAGAAAUUGUUGUACUACAUAAGGAUUGGAUUAUUUCACAUAGCCAUUAUAUCCAUGUUAAAUCUGAAAUUGUGUCUCAUGAAUUAAUUGUAUCUACUAAACUGACCACAAGGUAUGUCAUGGUCAAAUGGCAUUGCCUUCUAUAAAUAUCAUGUCUUACCUUGUUAGGGGGACACUUAAUUGCACAUUCAUAAUAUAGCUAUAAUAUGCUUUUAUUUUGAAUAUUUGCCCCUCCCCCACCCAAACAUAGUUCUGCAAUGGACAGAUAAAAUGAAAUUCUAACUUAGUAAUAUGCUUCUGUAGUUGCUACUUACUUUUCUGGAUGAUCCAAGGAAAGAAAUCACACAAUAAUUUUAUGAUGGUGUGUAAAAUUUUGAAGAAUGUUAAUUGACUAAUAUGUGCACUACAACAUUAUCAUAAAACAGACUACUUACAUAUUCAUAUCUAUUUGUGGACACAAUACUUCUGUACCCAGAGAGCGAUGUGCAUUAACUUCUGAUAAGAGGAACCAGAAUGUGUCUACUUUUGAGAAAAACUGAUUCUUAAUCAAUUACAAUUAGUCAACUACAUUAGUAAAAUUAUGCUUCCUAUUUUGAGAAACUGUAUUAUUACUAUGAAGUUCUGUUUUGAUUUUUUAAAAAUAUGUUGUUUGAUAUAAUAUGACAAUCUCCUUGGUUCAAAAUUUAUAAGCAUAAGCACAUGGAAAUUAGAAAUGUGUCAUCAGAAUGUAUCAGCUACUUGGAUCUAAUAUUUUGCAUGCUCUGAUUUAUGAAUAAAAAAUACUGGUUGUAAAA